GGGUCAAUCGCCAUCGCUCGCAACAUCAGACGCACACAGACGGGAAGCGAGCAGCGGGAUUUGGUACAACAAAUUUACACUCGCCCGAGAUCGGACCGUGCUACCGCGGAAAGCUACCGUCGAUGUGAGUUUUUAUUGUGGCAGUAAAUAAAACCUUCGCUUGGUUAUGUUUUUACGGCUAUGACGAGUUUUUCUUCGAAUAUAGCAGGAAAGGUGAAAGGCGGCUCUAGUUAGUGUGGUGAUAGUGGUGGUGUUUUUUUUUUGGCAUCGAUAAAGAGAACCAUCGCAGUACAACCCUGAAGGGCCAAGGCCAAGAGCCAAGGGAAACGGAGAAGGAAGAAGCAAAAGGCUCUACUACAAAAGCGUAGUAGGCCAGCAGUGAACGACCAGAGGGAGGUGUUUUGUUUUUAUUCUUCUUCUUCUUGUUGCUGUGCUCAGUGUGUGAUUGAAGAACGCGGUUUAGUGGUGAAUCUUCCAUCAAGUCCGUUGUGCAAACGGGGACCACCCCCUUGUUGAAUGUCUUAUGGCGGCGUCAGGAGGCAACAUGGAAACGGACGAGCUUUCCGAUACGAUGAACGAUUUUCUUCCACUGCUGCCGGAAAACAUCAAACAGGAGCUGUUUGAUGCAACCGAAAAGGGCAACCUGUGUGACAGUGUGGAAAAUAAGAUUGAUGAGGCGGAAACGGCAAAUGAACCGCCGGCACCGACGAAAUGUGUCUGGUGCCAGCAGACGCUCACACCGAACGACCAUCCGAAGCUGCUGGAAUGUCUGCACAAUGCGUGCCACGCGUGCGUGAAGCAGAAGAUCACGGAGCUGUCGCACAACUCGCCGCUCGUCUGCCCGGUGUGCAAGAUGGAGAGCCGGCUCGAGUACAUCAUCGACAACGUGUUUCUGAGCGAAACGUCCGCGGCGAGCGGCGAGGACAAUCCGGGCAGCGUGGAGUCGACCAAGGAUCAGAUCAAGUGUAGCAGUUGCAGCGACGACGCAAACGCCACCUCGUGGUGCGUGGAGUGUGCGGAAUUCAUCUGCGAUAGCUGCGUGCAGGCCCACCAGCGGCUGAAGAUCACGAAGGAGCACACGAUCAAGCCGAAGGAGGCGGCAAACAGUGAGCCGGCGGGCACUAACGGGCUGGCCGGCAAGAACAUCAUGUGUCACAUGCAUCCGCAGGAAAAACUGUCCCUCUACUGUGAGACGUGCGAUCGGUUGACCUGUCGCGACUGUCAGCUGCUCGACCAUCGGGAUCACAAGUACAAGUUUGCCAACGAAAUUGCCAGCGAAACGCGCAGCAGCCUUAGCGGGCUGCUGAGCGAGAUCAGCUACAAGAAGGUUCUGCUGUCGAGCGCCAUGAAGGUGAUCGACGAUCGGCAGGCGCAGAUCACGGAGAAGAAGAAAGAACUGUCCAAAGAGAUCGCCGAUCUGGUGGUGAAGCUGACGAAUGCAGUGAACGCUCGCGGCAAGCAGUUGGUGUAUCGGCUAAAUCAGGUUUGCGACAACAAACUUCAAGUAUUGAACGAGAAGAAGGAAGCGCUACAGUUACUCUCCGGACACACGGACCACUGUAUCGAGUUUGUGCAGACCGCGCUAGACAAGGGCAGCGACAGUGCCGUGCUGUACAGCAAGAAAACGCUUGCCCGGCAUCUGCAGAAGGUGAAAAGUCAACGGGCCGACAUACCGAACCCGGAGAUACCGGUGCGCGUCCAGCUGUACGCUUCCAAUGUAGCCGAGCUACAGUCCAUGGUCGCACGCAUCGGUACAAUACUCGUCGAUGGCAAGGUGUACCCACAGUCUCCCAGCUCGAACAAUGUUCCGCCAGGACCACCAGUUCCCGGCCCGGGGCCUGGUCCGUCACCGCAAAACAGAAGCAAACAGCCAAGCCCCAACAUUACGCCUCCGUUGCGACCGGGCAUGCCCGGUCCGGGUAUGACGACCCUUUCCUCCAACGGUCCUGGCGGUCCUGGCGGUGGUGGUGGUGGUGGACCGGGAGGUGGAGGAGGCGGUAGUGGUGGAGGUGGUGGUCUGGGAGGAAACUUCGCACAGGUACCGCCUAUGUACAAUGGCAACGGUGGCGUACCGGUGGGGGCUCCCUUCCCGCCCAACCAUCCGAUGAGCAGAUCAUUCCCGCAGGAAAAUGGCCCCGGUCCCGGUCCCGGCUACGGUCGGUUCGGUCAAAUGGGACCGCCGAUGGGUAUGCCAACUCAGCAGCACGUUAGCUCCUCUACACAUCCACAGAAUAUGGAUAUUAGUUUGCGUAAUUUGUUGAACCAAAAGUCGAGCUGCCCUCCACUCCCAUCGGGUGGAGGGGGAGGAGGAGGAGCCGGUCUCGCGGUUGGCAGCGGGUCCCAUCUAGGUGUUGGCCAUCCUUGCGGUGGGCCUGGCGGUGGUGGUGGUGGUGGUAGUGGUAGUAGUAGUAGUGGUGGAAGUGGCAAUGCCGGGGGACCCCCUCACUCAGGCAGCAAUGCUGGCAAUAACGCUAUGGCUAAUAAUCAAUUUACUGGCACAGCAAACUUCAUGGGCAGCGGUGUGUCACCGGGCGGAUCGGGCGGUGGACCACCGUCCCAUCGGCUGUCCGGUCAGAUGGGCGGUCCGGGCAACUUUUUGGGCGGCCCGGGCGGUGCGCCUCACCAAAACUUCAACCAAGGACCGCCCGGCGUACCGCCCAGCAGCGGCGGAAUGGGCAUGGGAGGGAACGGAUCGGCUGCGGCGGCUGCUGCCGUGGCUGCGGCACGUUUCCAAUCGUUUCCCCGAUUCGCGAUGCCCUCCUCGAUGCGGCACAUAAUGGGUAAUAACUCAUCCACCUUACUGACACCAAAGCAACAGUCGUUACGCUACCCGGGACAGCAGCCUCAGCCGGGAUACGGUCCGAACUCGCCGCAACCACCUCAGCUUCCGCCGCAGCUUUCCGGCGCACCCGUGCCCGGGCCCGGUAUCGGCGGACCGGGUAGUGGAGGUGGCGGUGGUGGUGGGGGCAGCGGAGGCGGUAGCAGUGGAGGCGCCAAAUGGCACAUUCCACAAAACAUGCAAGCCCAACAGAACAACGGGUUUUGUGGCCCUUCAGGAUUACACCUAUUUGGGAAUGGGCCAAACGAGUCGUUCAAAAUUCCUCUAAAAUCUCCAGACACGAUGCGCAAUGCAAUGCUUCUGAAUGGUGGCGGAUCGUCCGGAGGUUCCCUGUCGCACGGUGCACAUGGUGGAAGCGGCGGUGGACACCAUCAUCAUCACCAUCAUCAUCAACAGCAGCAGCAGCAGCAACUGCAACAACAGCAGCAGUUACAUAGCCAACAGCAGUUGCAGAAUCAUCUGCAACAGCUCCAGAAUGCUCUUCCAAAUGUGUCCUCCACAAACCCGAAAACGCCAAGUCCGAGCACAAAUGAGCCGGCGAAGGAUUUUGCCGAAUCGAUUGACAAGGCUUGCGAGGACUCGGUGAACGAUCUGAUGGCAACGAUUGCGAAGCUAGAUUCGAACGGGGUGCAGGUACUGCCGGAAGGCCACCGUGGCAAAACGACAUCCCCGCAGGUGCACAGCUCAACCGAUCUGCACACCGGCAGCGGCACGGUAGUGAGUGGCUCGAGCUCUGGGGCCAGUUCGGCCGGCGGUACGAACAACACCACCACGAUCGUGCUGGACGAUAAAAACUUGCCGAAGGAACUGGACCCGAACGAGGACUGGUGCGCGGUGUGCAUGGACGGCGGUGAGCUGAUGUGCUGUGAUAAGUGCCCCAAGGUCUUCCACCAAACUUGCCACAUACCGGUAAUCGAUUCGCUGCCGGACGAGAGCGAAACCUGGCAAUGCUUGCUGUGCUACAACUUUGCCGAUCUACCGCCGGAACCUACUGGAGAGAAACGCAACGUUGGCAUAACGCCAUUGGAGCUGAAGAUUUUGCAGCGCAUUGUGCUGGAAUUGUUCUGCCAGUAUGAAACCAGCAUGCCCUUCCGUCUUCUCGAGCCGGACACAAACAAAGCAUACUAUGAUAUUGUGCGAAAUCCAAUUUCGUUAACGAUGAUUCGUGAAAAGCUAGAAAUGAGCAAUAAUGACCAUUACACAGACAUUGUUUCGUUUAUCGCUGAUGUGAAGCGAUUGUUCGAUAAUGUGUACCUCUACUAUCAGGAGGACAGCAUGACGUACAAGAAUGCCCGCAAGUUGGAGAAGUUCUUCGAGCAGCAGCUCUCCAAGUGGUUACCAAAGUACCUCGAGGUCGAUUGCUUCGCCGAGGACUACCUACCGAAUGCAUCGAAACGGCAGAAGAACCACCAAGAUGACUAACAGUCACUGCAACACGUAGCGGGCGCAGUGAUGAAACCGCCAAGGACACUCUCCGACCUACCGGAGGUUUGUCCAGACAUGCAGCAGCAGCACCUCUGCGAUUUACAGCCGGAAGAUCUUUCUCUUCACUCGAGCGUUGCUCAUGGCCGGGUGGAGAAUGAUGGAGAGACGUGCCCAAACGAUGAUGCCGCCCCCUCACCCGAGCAAGCGCGUACAAAACUCAGCCAAGAGAUGGAGAACGAGCUGUGGAAUGCGGCAAAAUCGCUUGUGGAGGAAGAUGAAGCACUGCAGUGUGCAAUAGAUGCAGAUGUCGCUAAAGCAGAGGGCAAGCAGUCGGAUGAACCACCUGACGGGAGGCCUAGUGCACGGGAGAGCAAAACGCCAGCGACGACCGCGGGAGGGACUGCUAACGCAUUGGGAUCUGCUGCUAAUGUUACCUCCAUCGCCGCCGAAACGAAGGCGGCAGCCGCAGAAACGACGGAAUCAUCAUCAGAGGCAAUAGGGGGGGAAAUGGAUGAAGCGACGGCAUCAGCGAAUGGCACGACGACUACUAUUACUGCUACUACCACUACUACUACCAAUACUGCUGUCCUUACGGAAAACGAUCCGUAAUGCAGUGUGAGCGCAAUUGUCGGAUUUUAAAUCCAUUAGGUUAGUGGAUCCACUUCAAUGUACAUAGACCAUUAGUAUUCGCUGAAUACGCAUUCACACAUCCACAUAUACAUCCACACACAGACACACACACACACAAUCGUAACAGAGGGAGGGAGAAUAUCUUUGGCUGACAAAAGUGACGGUGAUAUUGAUAGUGGGAUACAAUCGUGCAUGACAAAUUGAUCAUAUUGUUUAAGUGUACAGAAUGGAAGGAGAUUAAUGCGCUCCAAAGCGAUUAAGAUAGCUUUUGACGGCAGAGUAUAGCUCAGUAGCAUGGUUUUUUUUUAAUUAGUUUUGUUUUGUAAUUGUUUUGGAAACGCAUUGUGUAGCCAAGCGGACAGUUGUGGUUAAAAGUUCUGGGUCGAAAUGAUCGCUCAACUGGGUAGCGUUAACAGACAAAACUGUUUAUUAUUUAUUAAUAUUUACUUCCAAAGCCGAACGAUUUUCGAUGCUUUAUAGUCUAUGGUAUGGUGAGAGCAUAGUCAAACCAAAAUUGGUUUUUAAUUUGCCAGCGACCUUUGGUUAAGUUAUUCGAUUGUACAAGUAAAUUGUAGCAGGAGGAAGAAGAAGGAUACAGCAGCGGCACACUGUACGCCGUGUGUAUGUGAAUUGCUGAUUUAUUUAGUGUACCACAUUGAUUGGACCGUUGGAUGAAUUAAUGCAAAUAGUUUAAGAAUUUAAUUUCAUAAGGUUUACAUCUCAACGUUGUUUUUAAGAGUGUAAAUGUGUGUAUUCUCUUACUCUCAAGUCUGGUUUCCGUACGCGUCCAUGCAUGAACAAUUGGAAUUACAAUGGCGUAGCAAGAAUUACGAUAGACGUGUAGGUCUAAAGUCUCAUGAAUUAGCUGCUAGCGUGUUUGUAACAGUACCCAAUCAUCAUCAUCAUCAUCUGCAUCGCCAUCGUGAGAUAUAGAGGCAGAAAAUUGAUGUUCAUUUUUGCGUAGAAUGUAUGUUACCCUUUCUGCCAACCUAAAGUUUGGUAGGCAUGUUUCUGCUUAAUCGCAAACAAAUUAUUUGACCUUAGCUGAGAGGUACAGGUUCUUUCCACAUUUCAUCAUUAGUCACGUCCGAGUGCAAAACGUAUACGAACGAUACAGGAUAAACCGAUGUUCAAAAAGGGUAAAAGGUGAUGACCCAAAUCUGGGGUCGAUCGCGAGGGACAUAAGUUUGAUGAGCAAAGGCAAAGCACUGUAAGCAGGAACGAUAGAUUACGGGGUAAUACAUUCAAACAGGUAGGAGUGUGUGUGUAUGUAUGUACCUCUCUAUCCAUUCUAACCACAUACUUCCAUUCAUACAUAGCGUAUUAGCGUACGAUCCGUACGUGUUGUAGGUUCCAGGUAUGGAAUAAGCAAACAUUGAACUUUCUCAAUGAUCUUAAGACAUGCAUUAUGCUACUUGAUGCAAGUAACUCGAACAAACGGUAGAACUUACAGUAAGAUAAUAUGCAUCGUAAACGGCACUGGAAUGGUUAGAUUAUAAUUACUGCAAAGAAAAAGAAAGCAAACAUCAGUGAAAUUGUAAAA